CAUCUGCUGUAUGCCUUUCAACAGCAUAUACGAUAACACUUCAACCAAGCACAAGAGAAUGUUUUUUUGAGGACUUGCGGCAGGGCGAUAAAAUGACCAUUACUUACCAAGUUGGUGAUGGUGGACACUUGGAUAUUGAUUUUUCGGUAUUUGAUCCGAAUGACCAUGUAUUAGAUUCAUCUGAAAGACAAAGCACCGGAACAUAUAGCUUUAAUGCUGAAUUAUCUGGUCGACAUACUUAUUGUUUCAGUAAUGAAAUGUCAACUGUUUCUGAAAAAGUUGUUAGUUUUAAUGCCCAUGGAAUUGUUUCUGCUCCAGAUGGUGGAUCACAUACAGAUCCUUUAGAGAAAGAAAUACGUGAACUUGCUGAGGGCCUUGCUGCUAUUAAAGAUGAACAAGAAUAUAUUGUGAUGCGAGAACGUAUACACAGAGAUACUGCUGAAAGUACGAAUGAUCGCGUUAAAUGGUGGUCAAUUUUCCAAUUUAUUGUUCUUUUUGGA